CGAGCGUGUAAAUGCGACAUGCGAAUCGCGCGAGCGUGUACGAGCUCUCACUUUCGCUGACGACGCGCUCGGUGUGCACGCGUGUGCACCAGCGGCUCGUGCACUACGGUUUUUCAUCUUGUUAGUCAGUCAGUCAGUCAGUCAGUCAGUCAGUCUUCCUGCUCCCACGAGAGCAAGUAGAUCGGCCUGUGUUCCGCGUUUUCUGCAUUUUCCGUGACGUUCUACGCGACGUUUUCCGCGACGUGCCUACGGCCGGCGGAAUGAUGUCACUGGGACCAGGAACGAUCAAGUGCCGCGCGACGAGACGAGCUCUGACAUUGGCGAUAUGCAUCGUCCUCGAAGUGGUGGUGCACGCAUCACCAGCCGAGCCCUUGCCCUCCACCCUGCUGGACGGCAUCGGUAACGUCGCGAACAGCGCAACGAAUUUCUUAACGGGAGUUGUGCAACGACAAAAACAAUUGUUGCAUCGCGUUACGGACACUGCCACGGACUACAUAACCAGCGCGGUGGAGAUGCCGAGAAAUUUAUUGAUCAACGCCACCAGGGCGACGACCGGAUACAUUGACAGCGCGGCGUCGAUGGGCCUCGAGUUUAAGCUGAGAAGAUUCCUGGAGAGAUUCCGCGCCCGAAUGCACAACGGCAUCCCGGAGUUGGGCAUACCUCCCUUGGAGCCAUUUACCCUCGACGAGAUCGACAUUGAGACAGACAAUCCGGAAUUAGGAAAACUGCAUCUGGUGAUCGAGAACCUAGAACUGAGGAAGUUGUCGACUUUCCUGAUCGACCGCGCUAAGCUGUCGCUGAUCGGCCCUACCAUCGCAAUCAACAUUUCCAUUCCCGAGAUUUACGCGUCGGGUGAUUACAACAUAUCCGGUGUGUUGGGCGACACGUAUAGACUACGCGGAGCGGGCCCUUUUCAGGCGACCAUACGCGACUUUCGCACUUACGUGAACACCGCGCUCGGCUACAACAGAGGAAUGUACAUGAAGAGCUUUGUCCUCGACUUUUCCCUACGCGGGAUCAAGAUACACCUGGAGAACUUUAUGGGCGGCGUGGAUAUCGGCAAGAUUAUGAGCAAGGUCUUCGAAGAAUUGACACCGGAGGCAUUGGACAUCAUUAAGCCAGACAUAUUGCCGGUAAUACAAGAUUACGUCUCUGGCCACAUAAACGAGACGAUUCAUCACCUGACUAUGAGAGAUCUUUUUCACAUUCUACUGGGCGAGGUCGAAAUUGGUGAUAUCACGCAUCUAUUGACACCCUGAAGAGGCGCAAGAGGCCAAGUCAUACCGGAUUACACGAUUAUGAGCAAAAUAACGAGCUUAGUGCGACAACGUCCGAGGAACGUCGUCGAUUCUCAAAUGCGACGAGCUAUACAUAAUUAAAGUCGAAGUACGGCCUACCGCGCUGCGAUCGAAAGGACAAUAAUCGUAAUACGCGAUCGAGCCGAGCUGACUUCGAACUUUAUUAAAGUGAAUCAGUGAAUAGUCACUGAUAUCAGUUAUAAGUAUAGCACUGAGCACUUUCAGUGCAACACUUAUAACUGCAAAUCAGUAUAUAUUCACUGUUUUCAGUGAUUCAUGUUUCACUGAUUCAUUUUAAGAGAGAAGUAAGCUUCGUAUAAUCGCGAGAUGACUAUUUCGAGGUCUCGCCGAGUACCUUGCUCCAUGCUUGCUCUUGACAACCCACUGUCUUGCCUUGAGGGACUAUCGUUAAUUAUCGAUCUGUUUGCUUCCUCUGAGAUACGCGCGUAAUCUAAAUCAAUUAUUUCUGGAACUCCGGUUUGUAUGAAAUACACGGAAAAAAGCAACUCCUUUAGUGUAACUGAACUUUUUGUUACCUGGGAAUCGGAUAAAAAAUUCUGUUUUGUAGCAACAUAAAGAUUCCUAGUUUCUGCUCAGUCAAUUACUCUCGGUUACUUUAACCGAGUUUUGAUGCAACUGAAUGUUCAGACGAAUGUUCAAGUAACUCAUAUAUUAUUUUUCGUCGAAGAGCUUUUCGAUUGCUCCCCAAUCAGUUACACGAAUUGAAAUCUUUUUUCCGUAUAGUGAAAAUUCCCGUAAGACACGUUUUUAUGUAUGUAAUAUUAUUUGGCUAUGUGUGUGCAAGUUUUACUUUUUAUUAUACAUGGAAAAAACAACUCCGUUAGUGUAACUGAACUUGUUAUCUGGAGACCAGAUAAAACAACUCGGUUGUAGGAGCAGAAAGAUUCCUGCAGGAGGCUUUCAGCUAAUUGUUCUCAGUUUUUUCAACCAAAUUUUAAUGCAGUUGAAUAUUCAGACGACUCCUUUCGGCCAUAGUAAUGGAGAUAUUAUUUCUCGUCAGCGAGUUUUUCGACUGGUCCCCAAUCAGUCACGCCAACUGAAGUUUCUUUUUCGUAUACGCGGUGUUGAUACACGCGAAAAAACAUUUAUAUACAUGUCACCUUUGGGGUUUCCGAGAUAAUUCACUUGGAGUCAUGCCAGGAAUAUAUAUUUUGAAAAAGUGACUCGCGCAUUUUGUGUAUACAAUUGAAGCGUUUCGCGCCUAGCCAAUAAUUCAUCUUGUUAGCGUACGCGACUGCGAGACCCAGCGUGAUUUAAUACAAAGGCACCAUGCGGUUUCUCAUCGCCCGCCGAGGGUGCAUCAAUGCAUCAAAGAGUGGGACACCAUGUUUAAUUCAUCGAAUCGUGCGCCCGAUGAAUACCGGCGCAUCUCGAAUCCGCUGAUAAAGACAAGCGAAAGUAUUAUGACCUCGACGCAACGACGUCGAAUCUCGGCGUUGCGAAAAUCAACGUCGACUAUUCAUCGUCGAUUGACUACAUUUGGUGUCGGAGUUCGGCGGCGAACGAGGCGAUGAGGGCGCAGUAACUGCAGCGGGAAAGCCGCCGAAAUAGCUUGCUACAUUUCUCUCUUUUUUUUUUUUGAAAAUGUUAUACAGGGUAAGGCACUUUAACCAUUUUAGCGUGUGCCAUAUGUCGCACAUUAAUUCUCGCUGGUUGCCAUACGUAUUAUAAAGUGAGUUCCGCAUAAAUAUCCCGGAAAUCAGAUAAAUCCACAUUCUGAUGAAAAUUCACUGGAAUUUAUACAGCUGACUUGACACCGGGAAGAUUAAUUGGAAUCGCUCCGUCUCUGCUUAACACAGACUAAUGACGUAAUAGCGGCACAAUUUGUUUGACAUAAGUAUAAUUUCUUUUUUACGGUACCUGUGCAUGCAACAGGAGUGUAGAUAGAGAAAGCUCGAAGUUUCCAGUACGACAAAGAAAUGAGAUAUUAGUUUCCUAUUUGCACGAUUUGCUGUUUUUACGUAUGAACCAUUCCCAACACGAAUGAGGCGUGCGAGCCAUUUUCAUUUUAGCUGUCCGAUUUCGUCUGUGCGGUAUGACAAAGCACGAUGUGCAAAAUGGAAUCUCGCGCACGGGAAAUUCGUAAUAUCGGAAUAUCGUAUAUCGUUAAAAAUUAAUUGUUAUAUAUUCUACGUAGCUGCGCUAAAUGCAAUAUGCGCCGUGAGCGUCGGUUAAGGAUAAUAAUUGAUUGAAACUCAUCGCUUGUGAUAGCAGAAUUAAUGUUAAUGCACUGUUAACCAUUAUGAGAUGGUUUAGCCAUAAUGCGUGUGCUGUAGACGGCAUCGUAUCUACGCACAAUUUCACUGAUUAUCGACUUUGCAACAACUUGUUAUUAAACUUCUUCACAGAUUCGAAAAAAGGCAGUUGAUUUUAAAGCAAUUAAAGAUUUCUCAACACUCUUGCGCUACUGAGCGAUUUAUUAAGUUUACCGGGAGAAAAAUCUCGGAUUUCUCCCUUGCCUCUAUCCCUGUUAUAUAAGCGGUUCUGUUAUAUCGUACUUACACAGCGAUUUAAUUAUAUACCGAAUAUAAAACGGAAGACGAAAGAAAUAUACCUUGACUUAAUUUUCCUAAUCGUGAGCUCGGCUUCUUUAUCGUUAAUUAUUCAGGUUGUCACGGCUCCAUAGUUACGCAGUUACACACUUUAACGUGCCACGUGUAUGCACGCGGUCAUCAGAGCGGAUAAAGAUUCACCCCUAAGUCAUGCUUUAUCGAUAGCACUUUAUCUGCUGAUUACGAUUCGCUUAGCCAAUAUGUGAAAAUAAACAGGCGUCUGUAAACA